CCUCGAACCAUUCCCCCUCCGUCGUUGUGCGCGGGCUUUUGAAAGAUGGCGGCUGUGUCGAAUGUUUCUUUGCCGGAAAUCAAGAGGGAUCUUCUUUACGCUUUUAAAGAAUGCUCAGAGAGAGGCUUGCUUCACAGUGCUAAGUGGUAAGAGCCAGAUAAUUAAAGAGAUUUUAUGCUUUACUGAAUUUACGAAGAUGAAACAUUUUGGCUGCACAAAAGACGAAAACCUUCGACGUUCUGCAACUAAUGAUCAAGGGCAGAGUUAUUUUAUUUGCUCCAUUGCAUUCGUAUAUUUUUUUUCCUGCAGUUCUGCUUUGUUGCGUUUUUGCGUCUCCACCGAUAGACCUGUUGAUUACUUUUCUUAUUUCUUAUGUGAAGAACACUUUAACAUUCUUUGUUAAACUUGACACAAUUCUGCUAACCUUAGCUGUGAGGCUGCAGAUGAGUAGUGGAACGUGUAUCCCUAUUUAUAUCGAUCGGUAAGCUACAAAAUCUAAUGAAGGUGCGUGUCAAAAAAUCAUUAAAAAAAACUAUGAAAUAUUUGUAUAUCAGUCAGCUCAUAUAAAUUUUCUCUUCUGCACGUAGGGCAGCUGAGUUGGCAUUUUCCAUUCCAUCCUUUGCAACACCUGAACAUCUUCCUGUGACUGAUUAUCGGGAUCCCGAAUUUUUGAAAGAUUUUGAUAAAUAUACCUUGGGGAAGGCAUAUUUUGACCUGAAAGAGUUUAAGAGAGCAGCUUUCUUCUUGGAGGAUUGUACAAGUCACAAAGGAUACUUCUUACUUAUGUAUUCACAUUAUUUGGUAAGAAGCAAUAUCUUGGUGGUAGGCUACAUGUUUAAUGUUGUAAACCUCGGGCUUUAUUAACCCUUUAACCCCUAAGAGUGACUAGCAUCCAAUUUCUCCUUACAAUAUCAUCCUUGAAUCACACAUAAAAGUUACAAGAGUAGAGGAAAUGAUCACCAGCUAAGGAAGCUCUUGAUUCUCCUUGUCAGCACCUUAGAAAAUGUACUGAGAACAGUAUGGAGAAUAUGCAUACUGACCUUAGGUUGUAAAGGGUUAAAUCUCACUUGGAAUGUGAUAUUUUCAUUUUUUUACCUCCCCUCCCCUCCUCUCCCUCCCCCCCCUCCCCCUCUUAAGUGAGGUGGGUGUGCAUUUUUUCACUGUAGAAGCUGGCAAAAUUUUUAAAUCUACAACCUUUCAUAAGUGCUCAGGAAAAGUUCACAGCUAAAUUAUCAGAGUGAAAUUUCAUGCAAUGUAUUUUAGGUUGGGUUGAAAAUCAAUAUUUACCUUUCAAAGGGUAGAAAUGACUUUACAAACACUCUAUAGAUUGCCAGUACAUUAAACACCAAUAUAGAUUUCAACUGUUUUAUUUUUCAUCUGAAUUGGUGUACUACAUUGCAUUCCAUGUAAAUUACUUUUAUUUAUUACACUAUUAUUAGGAUGGCGAGAAGCACAAGAAUGAUAAAAUGAUGGAUGUUUUAGGUAAUGUCAUGUCAUGAACAAUCUAAUAAUACUCUUAUGCUACUACAUAUUAUAUAACAUGAACAAUAUUCUCUGUCAGAAAUUUGGGCUGUUGGUGUGGUAAAUAACUGUUAAUUAUUGGGGUGAUGCGGUGGCCUGUCAAUUAGUGGGAUUGUGUUCAGUUCUUGGACAAGACACAUAACCUCUCUCUACCCAAGAGUAUCAAUGGUUACUGCUGAACUGUUGCGAAAAACUUGAUUCAAUACUGGUAGGGGGCAACCUAUGAUAGACUAGCAUGUCAUCCUGGGAAAGGAGUGAUGCUCAUAACAAUUUUAUGCUAUGGAGACUGCAAUAAGUUUCGACCAAAUGAGCCACUUGGCUUCAUUCCUGACUUGACCGUUAAACUCCCAGAAAUGAUAAACAUUUAACUUCUCUGCAUAACCUCCAUGCAUUAUCCACCAAACGGGUAAAGAGAAUACUCAAACUUGUCAGGUAGAAGUUACUGUUUCAAUCUUACACUAAAUUCUUGGUGCUAAAAUAAAAGGAAGUUUGCAGUGACCAGAGGAGAGAAUUAACAAUCUAAUCUUGGGAAUUAACAGGUUAUGUAACCAAUAGAACACUUAAUGAUUGCUGUUUAGAACUUCAUGGAUUUAAAAUUCAUCGUAAGUGUCAUUGACUCUUGAAAGGUCCUCAAGAAAAUGUGAAAAAUGAGCAUCUGACUUGGCUGAGAUCUGGACUCUGUGCAAGACGUGAAAAACUGGAUGGAUUCUGUCUCUUCUUGUAAGAGUUGAUUCUCUGAGUUGGGUUUGCUAUGUUGUGUCUUUUCCAUCCUGUUAAAAUAAGUUUGCAUUUAGUUACCACACUCUUUAACCCCAGAAGUGAUUACUGGUAACAUAUACCCUAACCCUAAGCAAUAUCCAUUCAUGCAAAAUACCUGGAAGGUCAUUAAAUAGGAGGUAUAUUGAUGUUUUGUAAAUUAUUAACUCCAUAGCACAGUUUUUGCUCUGUGAUUGUCAAGCAAAUUAGUUUUUUUUUUAAUUUUCCAUUUGAUUUUAAAUAAUAGAUUGGGUGUUAUACUUAAAAAACUUGAUCUAAGAGAAGAAGCACUUGAGGUGAUGCUAGAAGCUGUGAAGAAGGAGCCUCUACAUUGGGGCAGUUGGCUGGAGCUGUCAUCUCUCUGUACGGACAAGGAAAUGGUAUGAGUUGUUUAUUACUUAUGUAUUUACUUGAAUGAUUCCAUGCUGCUCUUGAUUAAAUAUUGGAGACAGAGGCUGUGCCAUUCUUUCAUGAAAGCAUCACUGAAUUAGCACUUGCCAUAAAUGGUUUGAAUGCAGGAGUGAAUGAUAUUUGAUCCUGCAAUCCUGUAGGUGGGAGUGUUCUUGAGAAGGACUGUUGUCGGCAGUAGUGACUGAUAUUGUGACACCCCUUUGUAGAUGCUGUCAUCUGAGUCAGUUGGUGUCAUGUAUAAUGUUUUAUUUUCAGAUUCAAGUAGAGAAAAGGAGUUUCCUAUCAUCAAACCUGGAACAUUAGUUUUUAGACACAGACCUCUUUCAUGAAAAGCAGGCAUAAUUGCUGUUCUGUUUAUUCAUUUUCUGACCUUGACAAUAUGAUAAAAAAAAAAGACAAUUUAAACUCAAAAACAAUACCAAGAAGGUUUGUAAUCUGCAUACACAUACAAGAAAAGUAAAAGUCCCAUUUGAUGGCUUACUGAGUCCUGAUGUGUUUUCUUUGUUAGACUCUGUUAGUGACCCUCCCCUCCCAUUUGAUGGCUCACUUAGUCCUCUUGUGUUUUCUUUGUUAGACUCUGUCAGUGACCCUCCCCUCCCAUUUGAUGGCUCACUGAGUCCUGGGCUGGGUUGUUCAAAGCUGGGUUAAGAUAACCCAGGGUUAGUGUGAAAUCCGAUUUCAGAUCUAAAAGCUUUAAAAGAAAAUUCAGUCGAAUUCUUUUUGUCUAGAGUAUGAAUAUUUGAUGCUUUAAAAAGGACACUGAAAAUUUUCCCAAAAAGGCUUUAGAGUAAAGGAAUAAAGAAACCCAGAUUAAAAUCUAACCCUGGGUUAGCACUAAUCGGCCUUCAAACAACUGGGCCCUGAUGUGUUUUCUUUGUUAGACUCUAUCAGUGACCCUCCCCUCCCAUUUGAUGGCUUACUUAGUCCUGAUGUGAUUUCUUUGUUAGACUCUGUCAGUGACCCUCCCCUCCCAUUUGAUGGCUCAAAUAGUCCUGAUGUGAUUUCUUUGUUAGACUCUGUCAGUGACCCUCCCCUCCCAUCGGAUGGCUCACUUAGUCCUGAUGUGAUUUCUUUGUUAGAAUCUGUCGGUGACCCUCCCCUCCCAUUUGGUGGCUCAGUUAAAGUUACGUUGUGUUCUUUGUUAGACUCUAUCAGUGACCCUCCCCUCCCAUUGGAUGGCUCAGUUAAAUUAUGCUGUGUUCUUUAUGUUUAGCUACAGUCAUUGACCCUUCCUUCCCACUGGAUGGCUCAGUUUUUCCAAGCUCAUGUCGCAAUUGAUCUUCAGUUGAAUGAGGAAGGACUGGAGAGAUAUACAAAACUGAGCCAAGCUGGAUUUGCUGACAACAAAUAUGUCUUACUGCAAACAGCUCUAGCACAGUACCAUGCCAGAGGUACAAGUCUGUCAAGAUUAUCUGAGUGUGGUCAAUCUCUCAUAAUCUCUUGUUGUUCCACCUACCUCUAUGGUCAUACUUAAUUGAAAUUGAAGAGCAGUGAUGCCACAGAUUCUUUUGCUAAAGUUUAGGAGUCUUUGAGCAAUUAUUUUUUAUUCCUUUUACUUUUGCUCGCAUAUUUGAUUUUCAGGAUUUCAGGCUCAAAUUUCUACAAAUUUAGUAUUUGGUAGGCUAAAAUAAAAAAUGAUCCCCUGAAAUACAGGGCAAAAAAGGGCUUCUGGCUUUCCACUGUAUUGUAAUGCAAUGGUUUAAUUGACCAGGAUUUAUAUAAUCUUGAUUGAAGAUAUAAUUAUAACAUCUUAUAAUGCAUCUGGUUGAGUUUCCAAAGUUACAGAACUACAGAAGGUUGUAGCUGAGAUAAGGGCUGUCAAGGGAGAAUGCACAUGCCAUCUGUGAAGUCAGAGAGCUAAUGAUAUUGAACUAAAUUUUACACAUUAUGUAUUGGCUAUGGUUUAUCUGUUGGUUGCAGAUUUUGAUGCUGCAUGUAAACUGUUCAAACAAGUCAGAGAACAAGAUCCAUGUUCCCUAGAGCACAUGGACACUUACUCCAAUAUUCUUUAUGUAAAGGUAAGUGUUAAAAUGUUUUAGGGCAGUUUGAUAUUUUUUUUAGCGUUGAUAGGCAGAUUGAAACAAGAAGAACCAUCUGCCAUCCUUCUUCUCUUAACUAAGUGAACAAAGUAACACUGAUAUAACUUUAUUGAACUGGCUAUUAAAUAGAGGAACAUUGAUUUAAAUCUUGCAGGAAAUGAAACCAGAACUAAGUUACUUAGCACACCACACAAAUAGUAUUGAUAGGUACAGAGAGGAAACAUGCUGUGUCAUAGGUUAGUAUUGCUCUUGACUAAAAGUUCUCUGUGGCUCACAAAAGUUGUUGUUAAACCAACUUUUUUUUUAAACUGAAUUUAUCGAAUAAAUGGUUUUUGAAUCUGAUUCCACAUGUAUAAAUUACAGAAAUUGCUUGGAAUGAUCUUUUAGGAAAUUAUUACAGCCUCCAUGACCAGCAUGAAAAGGCAGUGACAUACUUUCAACGUGCUCUGAAACUAAACCCACAGUACACAUCUGCUUGGACUCUUAUGGGGCAUGAGUUUAUGGAGAGGAAGAAUACUUCAGCUGCUAUAGAAGCCUACAGGAAAGCCAUCGGUAAACUGUUGUGUAAAGAUGAGGUCUUUUUUGCUAGUUGCAAUAUUAUUAUAAUGAAUUUUUUUGGGCACUUUCACAUGCAAGAAGUGGUAUAAUCCUGAAAACACUUAUUGUUCAAGGUGGCUAUGUUGUAGGUUAAAAUGAAAGUCAUGUAAAAAUGGUUUUAAACUGCUGGUGUGUGGACAAGAACAUCUUUAUGUGCUGGACUGGGGUUGGUGGUUUGGCUUGAGACCUGGCUGGGUUAUAGUGUUGUUUUCUUGGGCAAGACACUUGACUUUUGCAGUUCCUCUCUCCACAUACAAGGUAGGAUUAGGAAUGGGUACCAAAAAAAUUGUCUGGGAAGCCUGAUGAGUUGCAGGGUGGGGGACUGGACUGGUAUCUCAUGUAGGGGGUAGCAGUGAUACUCCCAGUCACCUCAUGCUAUGGAAGUUGGAAUAAGCUCAGGCUAGACAGGUCACUUGAGUCUAGGACAGAAUAGAUGUGUAGACAAGCACUUCAUACAAGAAAAAGCAAAAACCACCAGAGGCUCAGGGGGCAAGUAAUUUAAACCUUGUGAAGCUAAUCUCAAUCAUUAUACUGAACUAGAAUUCAUUAUUGCUUUCUAGAAGUCAAUUAUCGAGACUACAGAGCAUGGUAUGGAUUAGGACAAACAUAUGAAAUUCUGAAAAUGCCAUUCUAUUGCUUGUAUUACUAUAGACAGGCUCACAAAUUCAGGUAUUUACCAUGAUCUCUUACCAGCUGAUUUUGACUGUGAAGAUUAAAGUUUGUAUGGGAAAAAGUGCGGCCAAUAAAACUUUCUGAUGCAUUGUUUUGCAGACCAAAUGACUCAAGGAUGUUAGUUGCUUUGGGUGAAAGCUAUGAAAAGUUAAACAGUAUGCAGCAAGCUAAAAAAGUGAGUUUUUGUUUUCUGUAGUUCUUACAACUUUUGUCUUUUGUCUCCAAUUGUGUAAAAUGACAUUUAGCAGUCCAUCAAAGUUGGCUGGAUGAUCGAAAAAAAAUUUUUUUCAGUGUUAUUUUAGGGCGAUGUCAGUUGGGGAUCUUGAAGGGAUGGCUGUGAUAAAGCUAGCAAGGUAUUAUAAUUUACAAAUUGCUUUUAUGUGUAAUGAAUACUAAUAUGUUGACUUAACUUGUAGCUUACCAUGUUUUCUGAAAUGAUUUUCUGUUUUUGUUAGAUUACAUGAACAUCUUAAUGAGGAUAAUGACGCUGCCACUCAAUACAACCGUUAUGUAGAACAGACAGAAGUUGUUGGAGUAAGUGUAUAUUAGACCAUGAAACCAGCCAAUGAUUUAUUAGAUUUAUAAAAAUGAAUGUUGUUGAUGUAUAUAUAUAUAUAUAUAUUUUUUUUUUUCACAGGUAAUGUCUGUGGCUGAUUUGUGUUCUGCAUAUGUGUUUUUGGCAAGAUACAAUCUGAAGAAUAGAAAUCUAGAAGCUGCAGAGAUGUAUGCACACAAGUGUUGUGAAUUUAAUGAGGUAAAUUAGUUUGUUUUAGUUCUCCUUUCCCCAUCAAACAAUCCAUUUGUUUAACUGUCAUUUUGUCUUUUGUCCGUUCAUUCCUUCCUCUCCUCCUUCCUACCUUUCUCAAUCCUUUCCUUUCUCCUUUCUUCUCACACUCACUCCUUCACAUUCCUCCUCCUCCCCUAGACCUCCCUUUUAUUCCCUGCUUUCUUCCUCCUUUCUGUUCUCCUUCCUUGCUCCUUCCUCCUUUCCACCCUAUUCCCUCCCUUCCAGCCUGCUCCCCUCCUCCUUUUUAAUCUGUUCCCUCCCUCCUUUCCACCCUGCUUCCUACUAGCUAACCACCCUCCUCCAUCCUUCCUUUCCACCCUGCUUCUCUCUCCUAACCACCCUCCUCCAUCCUUCCUUUCCACCCUGCUUCCUACUAGCUAACCACCCUCCUCCAUCCUUCCUUUCCACCCAGAUCUCCAGAUCUUUCUUUCCACCUUGCUCCCUUUCUCCUUUCUACCCUGCUCCCUCCUUUCCACACUGCUUCCUACCUCCAAACCACCCUGUUCCCCCCUUUCUACCCUGCUCCCUCCCUCCUCUCUACCCAGCACCCUCCCUCUCCUCUUUGCACUCUGCUUCCUCCCUCCUUUUCCAUCCUGCUUCCUCAUUCCAUUCUGCUUUCCCUUCCUUUCCACCCUAUUUCCUACCUCCUUUCCACCCUGCUUUCUACCUCUUAACCACCCUACUCCAUUCUUCCUUUCCAUCCUACUCUCCAACCUUCCUUACACCCUGCUCCCUCCCUCCUUUCUGCUUUUAUCCUUUCUGCUUUCCACCCUGCUUCCUCCUUUUUACCUUGCUCCCCUUCCUUUCCACCCUGCUCCCCUUCCUUUCCACCCCGCUCCCUCCCUCCUUUCCACCCUGCUUGCUACCUCUUAGCCACCUUCCUCCAUUCUUCCUUUCCACCCUGCUCCUUCUUCCUAACUACCCUCCUCCAUCCUUCCUUUCCACCAUGCCCUUCAUCCCUCCUUUCCACCUUGCUCCCCCUCCUUUCCACCCUGCUUUCCCUCCCCCUUUCCACCAUGCUUUCUACCUCCUAACUACACUCCUCAAUUCUUUCCUUUCACCCUGCUCCUCCCUCCUAACCACCCCUCUCCAUCCUUCUUUUGCACCCUGCUCUAUGUCCUUCCUUUCCACCUUGCUUUCCCCUCCUUUUCACCCUGCUCUCUCUCCCUCCUUUCCACCCUGCUUCCUUCCUCCUAAGUACCCUCUCUUCCAUCCCUCCUUUACACCCUGCUUCUCCCUCCUAACUGCCCUCCUCAAUCCUUGCUUUCCUUCCUUCUCCCUCCUAACCACCCUCCUUCAUCCUUCCUUUCCAACCUGUUCUCCAUCCUUCCUUUGCACCCUGCUCUCCCUCCCUCUCCACCCUGCUUCCUAUUACACCCUGCUUCUCCUUCCUAACCACCCUCCUCCAUCCUUCCUUUCCACCCUGCUUUUCCCCUCCAAACUGCUCUUCUCCAUCCUUCUUGUCCAUGCUGCUCUCCCCUCCUUUUCACCCUGCACCCCCCUCCUUACCACCCUACCCCUCUCUUCUUUCCACCCUCCUUUAUCCCUUCUUUUCCACCAUGCUUUCUACUCCUAACCAGCCUCCUCUUUUUUCCUUUCCACUCUGUUCUACCCACCUAACCAUUCUUCUCCAUCCUUCUUUGCCAUCCUGCUCUACCUCCUUCCUUUCCACCCUACUCUCCCUCCCUCCUUUCCACCCUACUUUCCCUCCCUCCUUUCCACCCUGCUUCCUACCCCCUAACCACCCUCCUUCCCCCUCUUUUCCACCCUGCCUCCUACCUCCUAACCACCCUUCUCCAUCCUUCCUUUCCAUCCUGCUUCUCCCUCCUAACCAGCCUCCUUCAUCCUUCCUUUUCACCCUGCUCUCCAUCCUAACUACCCUCCUCCAUCCUUCCUUUUCACCCUGCUUCUCCCUCCCUCCUUUCCACCCUGUUUCCUACCAGCAAACCACCUUCCUCCAUCCUUCCUUUCCAUCCUGCUUCUCCCUCCCAAGUACCCUCCAUCCUUUCUUUCCACCCUGCUUCUCCCUCUUAGCUACCCUCCUCCAUCCUUUCUUCCCACCCUGCUCUUCACCCUUCCUUUCCACCCUGCUCCCCCUCCUUUCCAUCCUGCUUCCUACUUCCUAACCACCCUCCUCCCUCCUGUCCACCCUAUCCCUCCCUUCUUUCCGCCCUCCUCCAUCCCUCCUUUUUAUCUAUCCCUUCAUUGCUUUCUUUUGCCAUUUCUUUCCUCCUUUCCCUUCUUUCAUUUACCUUCUUUCUCCAACCCCCCUAUUAUUUCCUAUCUGUGUUCCUUUUUUUAAGUGUUUCUCCCCCCUGCCUUCUUUUAUCAAUUUCCUUCAAUUGCCCAUUCCAUUUUAUUUCUCAUCUCCUUCAGUAUAUGAACUUUUCUCGUUUCCUUAGGGUAGAGAAGAGGGCAAAGGACUGCUUCGCCAAAUUUCCAACAGCCGGUCCAGUGGAGAUGGUGCCAGAGAGAGUGCAGAUGCCUUCACCCAAGAAUUAUCACUUGGAAAUAUAAGUGUCGACCAUGAAACAAGUAUGUCGCCUGUGGUACGAACCAACUUGGAUUUCAACACCCCUUGAGAACAGCUGACUUGAAAAGAGAAGCUUAGAUCAAUUUUUCAUUUUGCCUCCAUCAACUUCUGGAACUUAAUUUUUAUACUAGUAAACCCAAGUUGCUCCACAACAUCUGCUGUUGGUAGCUGUGUUUCUGAUCUAAUGUAUAGAGGGAUCAGAGAUGUGUGCAGACCUGGAAAGUUUUAACCAAGAUGAGGCUGACUUAGUGAGCUAAGAAACAGCCCUUAGCACUUUGCACAGAGCUGUUAUUACAACUUAAACUGUUGAUGUUUAUCACAACACGAUCAUGUGACUCAUUAUUUUUUCUCACUAAGAGAGGUCUAACCUGUGAAAAAUAAUUACAGUGUGUUACCUUGAGAAGUAGUGUGUACAGUAACUGUAACUGUUACAAUAAAAUGUUUGCCCUU